GGUCAGCGUGUGACUUUAAUGAAGAUGGAUGAUGCUGAAGGGAUCUUCUCGCUCUCUCUCUCUCUCUUCAUUCUUUCAGAAGUAUGUAGUUAAAUGUUUGGGGCUGCCCCCCACUUAAAGAGGCAGUAAGCAGUGUGUUUAUGAUCUCCCUCCCUCCUCCCUGAUUUCCUGAUAGGUUGCUUGUGUGGUUGCUAUGUUCUGAGAGAGCCUUGUGAGAGGUUAGACUGGAGCUGUGAGAAGCAGCUAGGGCUGGAAAAAGUGACAAAAGACUCAGACGCACUGCUUCCUUAGAAAAAACUCCUUUGCUGCCAAGGCUCUGUAAGAGCUGGGUGUGUGUAAAUGGGGGGAGGGAGUGUAGGGGUGUGUGUGUCUGUGUGUCUGUGUGUCUGUGUCGUUACUCAGGAAGUCUGAAGAGAAGAAAGGGAUGAUAAUGGUAGAAAAGCAAGUCUGGACUAAGUUCUACUGGUGUCAUUUACCUCUGCCGCCUGGAUGAGUGACUUCUCUCUCUUCACACCCGACUAUCGUGGCGCUAUGAUGAAGAGAACUAGACAUGUCAUAGAUGAGAUCAUGCAGCAGGAGAUCAGGCCCCUGCUUGCUGUCGACAUCAUAGAGCAGCUGCAUCGGCAGUUUGCCCUGCUCUCAGGAGGAAGAGGGAAAGAUGGCGCCCCCAUCAUCACCUUCCCUGAAUACUCAGGCUUCGGUGACCUCCUAGACGAGGACUUCCAGAAUGUUGUCACAUAUCUGACUAGCAUCCCCAGUUUGGACGCUGCCAGCAUCGGUUUCGUUAUAAUCAUUGACCGCAGGCGGGACAAAUGGAGCUCAGUGAAGGCCUCGCUGACGCGGAUAGCGGGGGCAUUUCCAGGGAACCUCCAGCUGGUGUUGGUGCUGAGGCCCUCCCGUUUCUUCCAGAGGGCCGUCGCUGACAUAGGCAUGAAGCUGCACCGGGAUGACUUUAAAAUGAAGGUACCGAUUGUGAUGCUGAACUCCCUGUCUGACUUACAUGGCUACGUAGAUAAGGGCCAGCUAACAUGUGAGCUUGGUGGGAACCUGGAGUACUGUCACAGUCAGUGGAUCCACCACCGGACAGCCAUUGAGAACUUUGCUGUGACAGUGAAGACCACAGCCCAAAUGCUGCAGAAGUUUGGCACAGAUCUGUCCGAGACGGAGCUGCCUAAUGACGUGCAGUACACCAAAGACCUGCUAACUACUCACACUGAGAAGCAUGACAAACUUAAGGAUGAACUGAAAUUAGCGGUGCAACAGGGGACUACUCUGCUGGGCUGUAUCAAAGAGCAGGCCGCGAAGUCUGAGAACCACAAACUAAGCCCAGACGAGAUGGAGAACCAGACUACAGUGGAAAGGUUGUUGGCCCAGCUGGAUGAGACAGAAAAUGCUUUUCAACAGUUCUGGUCCAAACAUUACCUCAAACUGGAGCAGUGCCUGCAGUUACGCCAUUUUGAACAUGACUUCCGAGAGGUGAAAGUGUCAUUGGACAGUCUGAUGGACACUCUGACUUUCCUGUCAGAUAUUGGGGACUGUGUCACCCGAGUGGAGAUGUUACUGAACGACCUCAAUACCUUAGAGGAGAAGGCUCAGGAGUCGUUAGAGAAGGCCCAGCUCCAUGCCCUACACGGGGACCAGCUGAUCCAGAGCAAUCACUAUGCUGUGGACUCCAUAUGGCCCAAGUGUGUGGAGCUCCGACGCAUCUGUGACAACUUCACCAACGAGGCCAAGAAGAAAUAUGACAUCCUCUCCAAAUCAAACCAAAUACACAAAGGCAUAGACAAGGUGAACCAGUGGUGUGAGUCGGGGGUGUAUCUGCUGGCCUCUCAGGCAGUGGACAAGUGCCAGUCCCAGGAUGGAGCUGAGGCAGCGCUGCAGGACAUUGAGAAGUUCCUGGAGACGGCCAAGGAGAACCAACUGAGUGACCUCAAGAACAUCCACAACCAGUAUGAGCUAGUCCUCAACGCUGAAGUCAAGGCUAAUGUAAAGAAGGCUCUAAAAAGGUUGGACGAUGUACAGGAGAUGUUUGAGAAGAGACAGGUCAGUCUGAAGAAGCUGUCAGCCAAACAGACACGGCCCGUCCAGCCUGUGGCACCCCGGCCUGAGUCCUCUCCCAAUCGCCCCGCGCUCUCCAAAACACCCAGGACCACCGGCCCUGCCCCUGCACUCAGUCGAAGGACCUCAGAGAACUCCAGUGCCACAAAGCAGCCCAUGGAGGCUGAGCUCGCCAAAAAGAAAAAUUUAAGUCGCAAAGUCAAAGGGAGCCUCAAGAUUGAGGUAAUGCAUGAGGCAAGCCAGGGAGGCUCCAGCCACAUCCUGGUGACGAACGAGACAGAGGAGAGUCUUUCAACCAGGCGGAGACACAUCAUGAAUGAGCUGAUUGAAACUGAGAGGCUGUACGUCGAGGAGCUGCAGAGCAUCAUGGAGGGGUAUGCUGCCGAGCUGGACAACACAGAGCUUUCCCCCCUAAUCCCUACAGCACUGGAGAACAAGAAAGAUGUGCUUUUUGGCAAUCUCCCAGAAAUAUAUGAAUUUCACAACAGGACUUUUUUCAAAGAGCUUGAAAAUUGCAUGGAGAGGCCAGAGUUGGUGGGGACUUGCUUUUUGAAAAGGAAAGAAGAGCUGCAGAUCUAUGAGAAAUACUGUCAGAACAAGCCCCGAUCAGAGGCACUGUGGAGACAGUGUGGUGACGGCCUGUUUUUCCAGGAGUGUCAGAAGAAGCUGGACCACAAACUCUCCCUGGAUGCAUAUUUACUCAAGCCUGUGCAGAGGAUCACCAAGUACCAGCUGAUGCUCAAGGAGAUGCUGAAAUGCAGUAAGAAUCAGGAGGGUACUGCUGAGUUGGAGGAGGCCCUGGCCACCAUGCUGGACAUCAUCAAGUCUGUCAAUGACUCCAUGCAUCAGAUCGCCAUAACAGGAUUUGAGGGAAACCUUAGUGAGCUGGGGAAGCUUCUGAUGCAGGGCUCGUUCAACGUGUGGACGGACCACAAGAAGGGCCACAGCAAGGUGAAGGACCUGGCUCGCUUCAAGCCCAUGCAGAGGCACCUGUUCCUCUACAACAAGAUGCUGCUCUUCUGUAAGAAGCGGGAGGAGACCACGGACGAGAAGCCAUCCCCCUCCUAUAGCUUCAAGCACUCACUAAAGAUGAGUGCCGUGGGAAUCACAGAAAAUGUCAAAGGAGACAUUAAGAAGUUUGAGGUCUGGUAUAACGGCAGAGAGGAAGUCUAUAUUAUUCAGGCUCCCUCCAUGGAUGUGAAGAACAUGUGGGUGUCAGAGAUCCGAAAAGUUCUGACGGGCCAGCUCGAAGCUUGCAGAGAGGCUAGUCAACUACAUCAGAAGAUCACUGAGAAUGUGUAUCAUGCUCCCAUGAGAAACAUGCGCAAAAUGGCCCUGAGGCAGUCGGACUCGUCUAGCCCGGAGACAGGCUUCAGGAGGAGCAACCCCAGCCCCAACAUGAGACAGAAACGAGGUCCUCCUUCAACUCAUGUUAAAAAGACCAAAAGACAUGAGAUAAAGAGUGAUCCAACACCAUUCGGUUAUGAAGAUACAUUACGCAGUGCUAUCCCUGCUGCGAGCAGAUACAAAGGCACCACAAGCACUGAUUCAGCUGUGCCUAGGUCCACUUCUCAACCAGGCUGGACCCAACGGUGUUUGCCUUCAAUGGACACAGAGGACUUUGAAACCAUCCAUUCGAGUGCAGAGGAGCUCUCCAACUCUUCGGAUGGUGAGGACCAGUCCAGUAAUAAAAAUGGGGACAAUGAUCGCUUCCGUGUCCAGUUGACGUACGAGUCGAGGACAGCGCAGGACCUGUCUCUGGAGUCAGGAGAUUUAGUACAGUUCCUGGAUGAGGCAGAGAAUGGCCACUGGCUAGUCAAGAAUCUUAUUACUCAGAAGACAGGUCUGGUACCGCCCAGUGUACUUCAGACAGCAGCAGAAGGAGGUCACUCAUACUGUAACACUACUGAUAUCUUCAGUGACAUGUGCACAGCAGCUCUGUCUGACUCAGAGGACAAUGAAACCAGUACGUGGGGAGAUGUAUCUCAGGAAAGUAGAUAAGCAUGAUGGACCAUUUGGCCAUGAACUUCUGGAACAUGCUGUUAGCCCAACUUGGUCAAGCUUCAAAGUGGGGGAGCAAUUUCAGCUGCUGUGCUCAGACAGAGAAAAAGCAAGUCUGAAGUCAAGUCAAUAGUGGUGUAGGUGCCCUCUGUUGUUGCUAUGCUACACUGAAAAUAAGACUUUUGCUCGGCUCAGCUACUGAGAUUAAAGAAAAUAACUUUUACCACCAUUUUGCCAUGUGUCAAACCCUGUACUUGAUUUGUGCUCUCAAAGAUAUUCUGACGUGCCUUUGCACACCACACUCUCUCCUGUGGCCUAAUCAAGAGUGUAUUCAUUACGUCUUUCAACGGAAACCGUUUACUGUUUAAGAACCAAACAGAAACAAACAGAAUGAAAUGGGUAGGGAAUUACCUGAAUUUGUCCAAUAGAAACUUUAGUUUUUGUUGGAAAACGUUUUGCAACAGAAUAGGCAUAAUGAAUACACCCCAGGUAACCUUUUGUGAGGAGGGUCAUCCUGAACACAGUGGGCCAGGAAGUACCACCAUGGAAACUGGAGAUCUUUCCAUCGAGGGGAAUGUGUUUGAGCUAUAGACUUAAUUGGAGACAAGCUUGAUUGUAUUCUUACCUUUUAAAAAUCCUUAAAGUUUAAAUUUCUUCAAACUUUGUUUCGUCCUGCUGAAUUCCUUGCCCGUUCAGUUGUUUUAUAAAUAACUGAGGGAUGUCUCAUUUUGCAAGAGAUAUUAUUCUAUUCCCUGAACAAAAUAAAUAGCUCUUUACUUCAUCUUAUGUACAUACAUGUUAUAUAUUUCUUUUUUUUCACUCAUGUAAAAUCUGUGUAUAACUAUUCUAUAAAUCUCAAUUCCCAUCUGAUCAUUAUAUAAGUAUUCAUGCCAUCUUCUUUCAGAUUCUGGCUUGUGCCUCCCCAUUGGAUUCAUCUCAAAUCUACUGUAUGUCCUGGUUGGAAUGUAGUGAAUUCACCCAUGAAAUAGCAUCUUAUGGUUGAUUAUGAUUACAAGCAUUGAACAUAGCAUUGAACUUAUUCUAACAAUGCACUAUGAUUGUAAUGAAAAUAUUCAAAUUUUACUGUACAGAAUAUUUAUUGCUAUACACUAUGUUCCCAAUAUAUAAUGUUUUACUAUUAUGCAUAUUUAGGAACUAGCUAAGAGCCAUCAACAGUUUAUCAUCUGACUUUUGUAUAAAUAUCAGUGUUUCUAAGCCAUAGAAUGGCAUUGAAUGCCCCAGAUAUUAUAUAACAUACCUGAGAUUGUCUACGGCCACAGUAUAGCAAUCUUGUAAUAUAAAGAGCCUCAAAAAGCUGUAUUGCUACUGCAAACAUUUUUGUAUUUAUUUAUUUGACUUUUAUAUCCAGGUUAGUCAUUGAGAACCAAUUUUUUUUCACAAUAACAACAUAGUAUUCAAUUAACUUGUCGCAUCAUCUCAAUGUGAUUAGAUCUUUUCUGAAUAUGACCGUCAGGGAAUAUUUCAACAGUGUUUUAACAAUUUGGGGUGUUUUAAGAAUUGGAAGACGCUGAAAGUUAUCAGCACGUUCUCAAAGGGACUGAAGACAGAGGAAACUCUAGAUGCAGUGUGGUAAAUCCUGGUGAUGGAAUGUGAAGAAGAGGUCUGGACCUUUGCAAAAAAUAUCUAAGACGUUAUGAAAUUCAGCCAAAAGGCAAUGAAUUCCCACAAAGUAGCUGCCUUUUUAGACAGGUUUUUGACUCAAUUGUGAUGAUUUAAGGCUGUGUUCAAAUUAAAUGUCAUUAUUUAAGGUGAAAUCAGAAUAAAUCUGUGACUGUUUUUAUGAACCAUG